ACUAUUCGAGUGGCAAUUAAAGGAGUUAGGCAAUUCAAAACUUGUUCCCCCUUUAAUCGUUUCCACACUUCUUUCACUUUUAGACAAAUUGAAGGAUGCGGGCACGAAUGUUAGGGUAAAAGAACGUUCUGCAACUAUUAGAGGUGAAUCAGAUUCCUACUAUUAUGAAUUCUAGCCACUUUCUCUUUUACUCAAUGUUUAAGCUCUUGUGUAGAUGCCGCACUAGAAAGACCGGUCGAGGAGGAAGCAUUUCAUGGUGUGGAUCCUGAAGGAUUCAGCGAACACGUAUUUGUUUCAGCGUUGAGCUUCUCAAGAUCUGAUACUAGAUUGUUCGAUGAUAUGUUGGCAGAACAGGCCAAUCGAGGAGCUGCAGAACCAUCCACUGAGGGUGGUUCACCUACAAGACCGGCCUUUGGGGCUGAUACAGCUACGAUCCCCGACAUUUCUAGCCUGCCUGAGAGUUCUGUCCCUUCCUCACCGGAGGGAGCUAUGGCUACAACUCAGCCACCUAGUCCUCAGCUUCAGGCUACUGUUCCUUCAGAUCCGAUGGAGAUGGAGAUUGUGAGGUCUUAUGGUGGAGUCGAUAUACAAAUGAAAGUUAUGCCUACCAUCAUUCCAGGGAUCGCUGAGAUUAGUUCCGCAAAAGCCAGUACAGGACGCCAAACUGAAGGGGCUUCUACUGGUGCUGGGUUACCAUCGUCUCCAUAUGAGCGCAUUAUGGCCUUACUAUCUGAUGCGGCACAAACAUGUACCAAAAAUGUUGCAAGUGCACAACCGUGUCAAGUUAUAGUAUAAAAAGUUAUCGAUCCCACGAGGAAGGUGUUUUGUAG